AUGCUACAAGCAUAUCAAUUAGUGAUGAAAUUUAAUCGUUAUGAAAAAAUUACCAGUAUUGAACUUAAAUUUGAUUAUGUACAAUUUCCUGCCGUGACAUUUUGCAAUUUGAAUCCGUAUAAAAAAGGUUUGGUUCGAGCGGUACCAUCUGUUAAGGAUACGAUGGAUGUUUACGAAAAUGCAAAAUUAUUUCGUAAAUAUCGCACAAAGCAACAAUUAUCAACUGGAAUUAUUCAGAAACAAUCCAAUAAUCGUAAUGAACGUUUGUCGCAUGUCGCAUUUGGUAGCAAAAUGGCGAAUGAUUUAAAUGUAAAUUAUGUAGAACGAAAAAAUGCAAGUCGACAGCAGCAACGACACUUUAAAAGAGAUUUAUCUUUUCAUGAAAAUGCAAAUGAAGUAAAUAAUGAAAUAUUUUCAUUGUCUGAUACAAAUUUUGUUACUGAUGCUUUUACAACAACAACAACAACAACAACGAGUGCCACUACUAUUACUGCUACAACAAAUA